CUGCAGUCGACUUCAUUUCAUUUCACAAAAAUAAAAAAUAUAUCAGCAUCUUGGGUAACAAGGUCAUCAACAUUGGGUUUGAUGAGAUCGAAAAGUUUUAAUCUACAAAAUAUAUAAAUCGCGGCUAACAUGUAGUUAUAAGUGUGAUUUACAAUUUUGUGUUAAUAUAUCAGAGGGGAAUGCCUACGUCUCCAAAAAUGUUCCUGCCGACAUAAUAUCCACAACAAACUAUUGUGCAUUUAUUUCAUAAAAUGUAAUAAGAGUGGUGUGUAUAAUGUCCGAGAUAAACUUAUUAAAUGAACAACCCUCAACAGAAAGUUGUUCAACAAUAUUAAAAAGUGACAUUGAGUUAAAAACUAACGGUGAAAUGUGUAACUUUCUACCUAACAAUAAUAUAUGUGAGGACAUAGUGUCUUCAAACAGUGCUAAAUUUGAUACCGAUAUUGACACUGAGUGUGACACCCCACAAACUACAACAGAAUCUAGUGAGCGAGACGAAGGAAUGGAAGGUAUAAAGGAAGAUACUGAAGAUGAAAGUCUUGAUGGUAAAUUCCAUCCGGAUCCAGAUUCUCAAGAAGAAGACGAAGAUCCAUAUAACAUCAACAAUGAUAAGUCCUUUGAUGAUGAUGUCAAUUAUGAGCCAUGGGAACAUAGGAACGGUGUUGUGAAAAAAAGUAAUAAAAAGAAAAAAUUAUCGAGCGGCCCGGGGAGGGGCCGUCCAAGAAAAGCUCUCGUGACCAUGUACCAUAGCCAGAUCAGUGGAGAUAAAAAUGCCAUAAAAAUUCGAAUCAAGAAAAGUAAUUUUUGCACCCAGAUACCGCCAAGUAAAAAGAAAUCUGGUAGACGGAAAAAACACAAAGGGAACUCGGACACAGACGCAUCCGAUUAUGAAAAGAAGCCGAAACGUUCUAAACCUUCCAACACUGAAAAUGACGUAUCUAGUACCCAGGAACAAGAACCAUUGGAACAAAGUGUAUGGGGAGAUCCUGAAAAACUUCCAGCUUCAAUAUUAGAGAGGAUAUUCGAUCAUGUUGUCGUUCAGGAAGGUUGUCUACCUUCACUUGUAAGAUUUGGUAAAGUUUGUCGUUUAUGGCGGGACGUUUCAGUUACACCGAAACUGUGGCAUAAAGCUGAUUUGAACUAUGUUAAAGAAAAAUAUAGGACCGACCUACGACUUCAUUGGCUCAUACUGAACAGACUUGUAGAAUGUCAGGAUUUAAAUAUGGGCGAAUGGAAAAUUCGUGACAUCCAAGCCUUUUUAGAAGCCCUAUGUGAGCAUUGUACUAAAUUGAAAGGUCUUAAUUUAAGUGGAUGGAAAGGUAUAUCGCCUGAUCACUUGAAAUGUAUUUCUACCGAAAGCAAAACUUUAGAACGUUUAGAUUUGUCUUCUAUAAAUUUCACAUCCCCAAUAAAUGCACAACCAUUAGUUAAUUUAACACAAAGUAUGGGUGGUCGUUUAACGCAUCUAGUGCUGGCACACAAUAAAAUCGCUAACUUUUCACAAAUUAUGGCAGCAAUUUCUACAAAUUGUCCGAAUUUGCAUCUUCUGGACAUCUCAAAUAUCAGGACGUUUGCUCACAACAUGUCUUUGUUACAUAUUGAAAAAUUACAAAUUGGUUGUCCUGAUUUGAGGGUUCUAAGAAUCACUAAUAGUCAAAUUUGGUUGGCAGCAGCUAGUCUAACGGAACAAGUAGCCUCACCAGGUUUUCCUCGAUUGGAAGAACUAUCUCUUGCAGGAUUAGAAGAGGAUCAAACUACUACAUCCCGAUCUGUAGAUGAUGAUUGUAUUGAACGUUUGUUAAAAAAUAGUAUGAAACUUCGACUGUUAGACGUUAGAGGAUGCAGCAAACUUACCGAUUCUGGUUUAGUAAGAGUACCGGCUUGGGACCUUGAACAUUUAUUUUUAAGUGCUUGUUAUAUAACUAGAUUACAAAAUUCCGGUUUGGAGUUGAUUGUUCAAAAAUGGUCUCACAGUUUGGUUGAGGUCGAUUUGGCUUGGAGUACUGCUACAAAUCCAUUAGACGCUGCGGUAUUAGCUCUUGCUGAAAAAGGAUCCGAAUCAAAAUUAAGAUUUUUGAAUCUUUGUGGAUCCUCCGUCAGCCUUGAACCAGUUAAAGCAGUAUUGGAAAAAUGUCCGAAAUUGUAUUCGAUAAAUUUACAAUCGUGUCGGGCGUUACCUCGCGGUAUAAAACGUCUUUACACUGGUAGUCAAGUUGAUGAAUUGCGCAAAAGUUUACAGGAUAAGCCAAAGACUGAAGCGAGCGAAUCGGAAGCAGACCAGUCACCGGCGCAAACUACAGUAUCUCCCAGAAACGAGUAAAAAGGUUGUUGAGUAUAUAUUUUCUCUUCUUUUUAAUUUUUUUCUCAUUUCUGAUUUUAUUAUUUUAUUAUCAAUUAAUAAAUUUGUUGAGCAAAAGUGGGAUCACAUUAUAUUUAAAAAAAAAAUGAAGUGAAUAUAUUUGAAUUAUGUUUUUAUUAAAUUUUAUAUAGAUUGACAAAUGAUUAUUUUUUACAUAAUUUUUAUUUAUUCAGUUAAACUGAGACUAAUGCCGACUACACCCUGUAAAUAUAUAUUAUUUUGGUUAUGGUGCUCUGUAUAUCUACAAAUUUCAUUUUUACCCUAUUCCAGGAUACAUCGAAAAAUAAAAAUCAAACCGUUUACAAUAUUUUGUCCAAAAUACUCUCUAAAUGUUCAGUUCCAUUAUUAACUGCAGUGAUAUCUUCUAUUGGUGUCAACUAAAGAGUACGUAAAAGUAGGAGUUAUCCAAAUAAGUGACAUCUCCUAAACUCCAUUUACAUAAUUCUGGUAUUUUGCAUGAUUUUUGACAGUGUAUGAAACAUUACGAUGACAAUUUUUUCUUGGAUGUUAUCUAGGCUCCUUGGACUUGAAAAUUUUCUAGAUUUAAAAAAAUGUCUCAUGACUUUAUAACCAGUAUAUCAGAGAUUAUGUUGCCAACUUUUUCUUGUACAUUGGUCUCUAUAUCUUGUAGAGUACUUGGACGGUACAUAUUCAUGUUCGAAAACCCCCAACCGUUCCAAAUUGUCCUCAGUGCUACCUCAAAACACUGUCUUCUUGCAACCAAAUAUAUGCUCAAUUCAACUCAUCUAGUUUUGAGAGGGAUUUUUGGAAUAUGUAUAUAUAUUUAUAUACAUAUUAAUACUAAUUUUAUAAAAUAAAAUUAAUUUUUGGCGUGAUGAAAACUGAAAAGCUGAUUUUAAAAAAAAAUAUUUUGCAUUUUUACUUUAUUUAAUAAUUUACUGGAAAUUGUGCAUUUAAUGAUUGAAAAUCAUUUCGAAGUUUAUUGUUAUUGUGAAACAAGUCAUUUGACAUUGAAUUUGUAUGAUUAAAUAUACAGUGUAGUUCAGAAUUUAGUACAUUAAUUUCUGUAAUUAUAAAACUGAACAAGUAGGAGAAGAUGCAACCUCAUUUUUUCAAAUAUGUGCUAAUUUUGAUUAAUUUCGUACUCAAUUAUCCUAUUUUUCAUGAAGACGAGGUGGUUUGGAGAAUUUAUUUGCAUUGUAUCAAUUCGAUAGAUAUAACUAAAAUGAAAAUUACUUUAAUCAUAACUAUCACUUACUAUCAAUAAUUAAAAUGUAUUCAUAUGACUUAAAAUUAAUUAUUAUAAUGUCUUAUAAACACUCCUAUAUUAUAAACUCUGUAAAGAAAAAAAGUUUGGUGGAUAUUUGAAAAAAAUAAAGUUCUAAUUCACCUUUCGAAGGGUUAUUUUUCAAAGACGAAUUAAUGUACUUAAUUUUGGAUUACCUUUUAUAUUUAAUAAUACAAAUUUAACGUCAAUAUGGAUUGUUUGACAAUAAGAUUUAUAUCAAUUUAUAAAUAAAAAAAUUGCUUAUAUUAAGCACUUUAUUUAAUUUUUUUUCUCGGUAUAUUCACUUCAAUUGCUCUGUAUUUAAAAAAAAAUAUUUUUUUGAAAAUGUUUACUAUUUAAAAAAAUUAUUGUUAAAUAUAUUUAUUGGUUAUUUUAAUUAUUAUUAAUAUGUGUUGGAAUAUUAUGUAAAAUCAUAUCGAAAUAAUUGAAUUUGAUUUAUCUGAACUGAAAACUUAAUACAACUCAGAAUUCAAAACUAUGGAAUCUAUUUUGAAAUUUUUAAAUGAAGUGGUUUUUGGAAACCGUGAUUGGGUUGAAAUGAUCAUGAUUUGGAUGUCCGGAAAGUGAUCACUUUCAACUUACGUUCGGAAACUGAUUAGGGAUUAAAGUUUCCGAAAAAUUUUUGCUAGCCCCCUCUAUAAUUUAGUAGUUAAGGAAUAAAUGUGAAGUUUUUCUUGGGAAAAUUUAGUUUAAAAUAGGAAAGUCAAAUUUUAGUUUUCCUUUAAACAGUGUAAUUGUGUUAGUAUAAACAGUAUGUUCAGACAUAGUCCUGAUUAGUUUCCGAAAAGUUCUGCAUUUAAGUCAAAAACACAACCUUGAAAAGCAGAAUGUUCCUCCACUCCUAGAUCAGAUUUUCGUGUCAAAAAAAAAAGAAAAUCAAAAAUAACAAAAUCAAAAUAACGAUUUUCAUAGUUAAGGUUCGAGUAACAGUGGGCACUACAAAAUAAUCAAAAUUAUAGACAAAAUCCUGUUUUUUUAUAAGACAAUUUUUGGGAUGGUGGAGAUUCUAUAGUAGUGAAUUCUGGAAGAUGUAAUUGAAAAAUUUGCCAUUUUUGCUUCAACUAAUCUAUAUUCUAGAACAGUUGUUUAAAAAUUUUGUAUUUAUUGUAAUUUUAGGCUUUAUUUAAUUUUAUAAAUUUUAUAUUGAUAUUAAAAUUUAUUCUAAUUAAGGUAGUUUAAAAUGAAACAAAUUAUAUAUACAUAUUUAUAUAUAUUUGUUAUAUUUUCUUUUUGUAAUUUUAGGAAAUAUAAAAUUGUACAGUACCUGUCUUUUAACAAAAAAAAAUGGUAUAAUAUAUAAAGGUACCCCAAAGUUAUGUCUAGUUUAUGUGGGUAUCUUCAGAGAUGUAUGAAACGACAGUUUUUUGUAAUAAAAUAGAAAAAAUUACAA